AUGUGCUGCUCGUCCGACCGGGCUGUUCCGCCGGCAGCGCGACUUGCUGGCCCGCCCGAGCGCGGCGUUCGUACUUCGCGGGUGCACGCUGACAGUGAGGUGUCGUUUCGUUCCCGCCACACCGGCCUUGCGAGCCCCGGACCUGUGUGUGCGCUGCGGACGCACUGCCACCAGGGCGGCGCCCCAGCCGCGCGGCUCGGCACGAUGGCGACGCUGACGAGGGAGCAGGAGGACCUCUAUGACAGGCAGCUGGGGGUGUGGGGCGUGGAGGCCCAGAAGAAGAUGUCGGCAUCCAAGGUCAUGCUGGUCGGAACGGACGGCUUGACGGCCGAGGUGGCGAAGAACAUCACGCUCGCGGGUAUCGGGUCUGUCAUUCUGUGUUCGAGUGGCACGGUCGCGGACUGCUCGCCGUGCAACUUCCUGGUGGCCGGUGCUCAGCCUGAAGCGCGGCCAUGCGACGCAAUGGCCGCGGUGCUCUCCGACAUGAACCCCUUCGUCAAGUUCGAGACAUUGCACAAGGCGCCGGCGGAGCUUGGCGAGGGGGACCUCACGGGCCUCGCGCUGGUGGUGCUCAUGUCCAGCAGCUGGGCGGAGGUGCAACACAUCGCCGCGCUCGCGCGCAGGCUGUCCGUGCCGUUCUCGUGGGGCUACUGCCGCGGGGGCACGGGCGUCCUGUUCAACGACUUCCUCACGUACGACUUCCUGGACGAGUGGCAGAACGGCGAAGACAAGGUCACGAAGCCCCGCACGCUGGAGUACGCGCCGCUCGACGAGGCGCUGUCCACGCCCCUGAGCAGGCGGAACCGCCGCGCGCUGCCGGCGUACGGCGCGCUGCGGGCGAGCUACGCGGCGUUCCGGCGGAGCGGCGCGGAGCUCUGUGCGGCGUCGCUGCCGGUUGUCAAGGCCGAGCGCGACCGCAUCUGCGCGGAGGACGGCGUCCCGGAGCAGCGUGUGCCUGACGACGCGCUGGAGGCGCUCCAGGGCAUCGGGCGCGACGUGGCGCCGGUGUGCACGGUAGUGGGUGGCGUACUCGGCAACGACGUGAUCCGCGUCGCGGGGCGUAAGGGCCUGCCCGUCCACAACCUGUUCACGUACAACGUCGCCGACGGCAAGGGCAGGACCGAACUGCACCCGAUACGCAAGUGA